UCAGAAGCUAGCUAGCAUUAGCUGUUUACAAGACCAAACUUUUAACAUAAGACAGAAAUCUAAAGCAAGCCUUCAACUCAAUCGAAAAUGAAUGUGAUCGAUCAUGUACGGGACAUGGCUGCCGCUGGCCUUCACUCUAAUGUCCGCAUAUUGAGCAGUUUGUUGCUGACGAUGAGUAAUAACAACCCUGAGCUGUUCUCCCCGGCCCAGAAGUAUCAGUUGUUGGUUUACCAUGCAGAUGCCAUCUUCCAUGAUAAGGAAUAUCGGAAUGCUGCCUGCAAGUACAGCAUGGCAUUGCAACAGAAGAAGGUGCUCAGCAAAACAUCUAAAGUUCGUACUUCUACUGGUGGAGCUGCAUCUAACAUACAGGCACAGAGUUUGCCCUCAGAAAUAGAGGUAAAGUACAAGAUCGCUGAAUGCUACACCAUUUUGAAACUGGAUAAAGAUGCCAUUGCAGUGCUCGAUGGGAUCCCAUCCAGACAGAGGACUCCAAAGAUCAACAUGAUGCUGGCUAACCUGUACAGGAAAGCUGGACAGGAGCGCUCUGCAGUGACGAGCUACAAAGAGGUCCUCAGACAGUGUCCCCUCGCUCUGGAUGCAAUCAUUGGUCUUCUCUCUUUAUCAGUCAAAGGAGCUGAAGUGGCGUCCAUGACUAUGGAUGUGAUCCAGAGUAUGCCCAACCUGGACUGGCUCUCUGUUUGGAUCAAAGCUUAUGCCUUCAUACACGCAGGGGAUAAUCAAAGAGCCAUUAACACUAUUUGCUCUCUUGAGAAGAAGUCUCUGUUGCGGGACAACGUGGACCUCCUGGUGAGCCUGGCAGAUGUCUACUUCAGGGCAGGUGACACCAAGAACGCCAUCCUCAAAUUUGAACAAGCUCAGAUGCUGGACCCAUACCUCAUCAAAGGAAUGGAUGUUUAUGGCUACCUGAUGGCUCGUGAAGGACACUUGGAGGAUGUCGAAGUCCUGGGAGGAAGAUUAUUUAAUAUCUCAGACCAGCAUGCAGAACCCUGGGUGAUCUCUGGUUGUCACAGCUUUUAUAGCAAGCGUUAUUCCAGAGCCCUCUACCUGGGAGCAAAGGCCAUCCAGCUGAACAGUAACAGUGUGCAGGCUCUCCUCCUGAAGGGGGCAGCCCUGAGGAACAUGGGUCGUGUUCAAGAAGCCAUCAUCCAUUUCAGGGAGGCCAUGCGCUUGGCUCCCUGCAGACUGGACUGCUAUGAAGGUCUGAUUGACUGCUACCUGGCAUCCAAUGGGAUUCGAGAGGCUAUGGGGAUGGCCAAUAACAUUUAUAAGACUCUGGGGGCCAAUGCACAAACUCUCACCAUCCUUGCCACAGUGUGCCUGGAAGACCCGGUGACUCAGGAGAAAGCCAAAACCCUGCUGGACAAAGCUCUGGCCCAGAGACCCGACUACACCAAGGCUGUGGUCAAGAAGGCUGAGUUGCUCAGUCGGGAACAGAAAUACGAAGAAGGGAUCGCUCUCCUCCGCAACGCCCUGGCAAAUCAGAGUGAUUGUGUCCUGCACAGAAUGCUGGGAGAUUUUCUGGUGGCUGUCAAUGAUUACCAAGAAGCCAUGGAUCAGUACAGCAUAGCGCUAAGCCUGGAUCCCAAUGACCAGAAGUCUUUAGAAGGCAUGCAGAAGAUGGAGAAGGAGGAGAGUCCCACAGAUGCCACGGUGGAGCUGGACGGUGACGACAUGGAGGGCAGUGGUGAGGAUGGAGAUCUGGAGGGCAGCGACAGUGAAGCAGCACAGUGGGCUGAUCAGGAACAAUGGUUUGGUAUGCAGUGACCCCGGCCACUGAAGGAUACUCCGUCACCUGCACCUCCUAACACACUGCAGUCUGUGGGAAGCUUUCGGCCAUCAGUGUCAUCAAAUAAGUGGCCUCUGUUGCGGUCUUCCCAACAUUUUGUUGAGUUCUUCACUGAGCUAAUCGAGCCUUGAUCGCUCUUCUCGACAAAUGUCUAAUACAGUGUGACAGGACCAGUAGACACUCAACCCCAGACAAAAUCAACAUGUUAUUCAACACCUGGAUUGCUAACAUUUGACUCUACUCUGGCUGUUUCUUCAGCUGUUUCUUUGUUUCUUCUUUGCUGGCAGUCUGUGGCUACCUGAAUGAAUUCAUCACUGUCCCAGGUAGUGCAAAGUACCACUUAAAGUUAAAUAUAAUCAUUACAAAGUGAGUGUCAGUGCUUUUUAAUUAAAUAAAAAAACCCUUUUUGAAUCCUUUUUGGGGUUGAGCUGUUCAGUAUACUGGAGAGCUGUUCCCAGGUAAGAGAAAAUAUAAACCGAAGCAGUUGUCGGAGAAAUGGUGUAAUGGGAUAUGAGGUCUUCAGGCCAAAUGUGUCUGGAGUUAUCCUCCACAUGUUACAGGAGGCGCUGGCCAAUGUUUUAAGUGAGUGUUUUGUGUGAGCCCGACUGACACUUGUUUUCUGCAGAGAGAGCAACAUGUAGAUCACAUGACGGCUGUGAAUUUGCCAUAACUUUGUGUCUCUGACGAGGUCUGUGACAAACUGACAAUAUACCAUAUAUGUGCUGCUCUUUAAAAUAUAUCAUCUUAAUUUGAAUUUUGUAACAUGGGAAUGUGUCCUGUAAUGUACAUGCUUCUUAUUUUGGUGUGUGUUGUCUGUUGAGUCUGCCUUUGUCAAAAAUAACCCCAUGAUUGACAAGUGUCACUUAACCAUUUCAAGAUAAAUGUUUAUAGUAUUUUGUACAUAUUUUUAAAGUGUAUAAUAAAAUAAUUAAGCACUCA